AUGCCUGAUUAUUCAAUUCCAGCGAAUUUGCCCGCUUUUCUUCAGAACCAAUUGAAGGAACUGGUGAAAGACUAUAAUGAUGAGCAUUUAACUGUAAAGGGUUACGAAACCAAGAGAAAACUACUGCUAGAUCAGUAUGCAAACAGUCAUAGGCUACCCAUCUCCCCGGCUAGGUCAGCUAGUCAAAAUAUGACUCCACUCCAUCGCAGAAAUCAAAGUUGCGGUUCCAAUAUACGCCCAACUCAUACUUCGCCUUUACAGGGGGAUACUAAUUCCAUUGCAUCUUCAAUGUACCAGAAUGAUAGUAGCACGCUAAACUCCUCGCUUAGAAAGUCUCAGAUUAAACACCGUCGUCAUCAAUCACUCUAUCGGGUCACUACAGGUAAUUCGGUCUCUGGGUACUCAAGUACUGGUUCCAAGAACAAAGCGCCUUCUGUGCAACUAUCUAUACCGUCAAAUGAAGUUUCGGGCGUGUCCUACAAUCCGAUGAUACCGCUUCUGGCGAGGGAACCCAGUCCUGUAGCGUUAGAUUCCUGGGAUACGAUUCUGCGGGGAAGGUUUGAACAUUACGCCGGAGAGACCGCUAUCGUGAAUGUUAACAUCAAGGGCAAAGAAACUUCUAUCUCUUGGGAUAAACUAUACCUAAGAGCUGAGAAGAUUGCGCACGUAUUGCAUAAGGAACGCCUGCAUAAAAUGGAUAAGGUCCUGUUGUGGUAUAACAGAAAUGAGAUCAUUGAAUUUGCAGUGGCAUUAUUUGGUUGCUUUGUGGCUGGUAUGGUCGCCGUACCAAUUUCCUUCGAGACUUACUCUUUAAACGAGAUAGUGGAAAUUAUUAAACUAACAAACUCGAAGCAUUUGCUUAUUUCUAAUGAAUGUUAUAGCCAGGCAGACAACUUACAUUCGACGUCGAAUCACACAAAAGUUAAGGUAAUAAAAAGUGACUUUUUUGCCAAAGUCAACUUCAUAAAAACUGAUGAUCUGGGCGUAUACUCCAAGGCGAAGUCUUCUGCCCCCAAGUUUGAUGUACCAGAUGUCUCAUACAUCGAAUUUACAAGAACUCCGCUCGGUAGGCUAUCAGGAGUGCUGAUGAAGCACAAAAUUCUUUCAAAUCAAUGCAAGAUACUGUCAAACGUCAUUAACUCUCGCGCUAUGUCUCAUUGGAAGAAGAGCAACAUCGUCAGACCAUUGCAUAAGAAAGAUUCCUUUACGAGGUAUACUAUUCUGAAUAGUCUUGAUCCAACUAGGUCUACAGGGCUUGUACUGGGAACUAUCUUCAACGUUUUUUCCGGUAAUCUUCUUGUCUCUAUCGAUCCCAGACUACUUCAAAGACCUGGCAGCUAUGAGAACCUAAUAGAUAGGUAUAAAGCUGAUCUUUUACUUAACGAUCAAUUACAGCUAAAGCAGGUGGUCAUCAACUACCUGGAAGAUCCACAAUCCACCAUCUCGAAGAAGCACAGAAUUGAACUCAGUUGUAUCAAAUGCUGUCUCACUUCGUGCACCACAAUAGACACAGACGUCUCCGACAUGAUUGUCAAUAAGUGGUUAAAAAAUUUGGGCUGCCUAGAUGCAUCAGUGUGUUAUUCUCCUAUACUAACUUUACUUGAUUUUGGAGGUGUAUUCCUUUCAGUAAGAGAUCAGCUUGGCCACUUGGACAAUUUUCAGGUCCACGACGCUAAGCUACGUUUGCAUGAUGAGUUAUUUGUGAAUAAAGAGAAACUGAGGGGAAACGUUGUCGAACCAAGCAUUACAGCAAUGAUGAAUUCUUCUAGCUCAUUCAAAGAAUAUUUGCGACUGGCUACCUUUGGAUUCCCUAUACCUGACGCAACAGUUUGUGUUGUGAAUCCCGACGACAAUACCCUAGUACCAGAUUUGACUGUUGGAGAGAUUUGGGCUCACUCACAGAGUCUCACUGACGAGUUUUACCAGAUGAACAGGAUAACUGAUUUUGUCUUUAGAGCUAAGUUGAACUAUCCCAAAAUGUUUAGCUUUUUAGCUCAGGAAGGCUCGUCGUCUGUCGCAAAUGAAAGAUUAAACACCAUCAUGAAUGUUUGUCCCUCUUCAAUUACUUUUCUGAGAACUAAACUUAUGGGAUUUGUUCACAACGGUAAAAUUUACGUUCUGUCUUUAGUGGAAGACAUGUUUCUGCAGAAUCAGUUGGUCAGGCUGCCGAACUGGGCUCAUACUUCGGACUUAAAUAAGGUGAAGCAAUCCAAUGACGACGAUAACUUUAUUGCUCAGAAAAACUAUAAUGGAACUUUUCCAAAGAUGAAAAGAGUGGUACAAACAUAUUAUUUGCAGCAGAUUACGGAAACCGUGGUGAGGACUGUCAAUACAGUCUUAGAAGUAUCCGCAUUUGAACUUGAUCACAACAAAGCAGAACAUUUUUUGGCGGUUGUUGUGGAGAGUUUUAUUGCCAGGACAGCGGCCACAGAUGAGCCAGUGAUCGCAAGCGUUGCAGAACGGCAGAAAGAAAUCUUACUAAAAAAGAUGAAUGAUUUGACAGAACAAAUCUAUCGAAUCCUUUGGAUCUUUCACAGAAUUCAGCCCUUUUGUGUUAUUGUCGUACCUCCAAACUCAUUGCCAAGACGAUACUGCUCUUUAGAGCUUGCCAAUAGCACUGUAGAGAAGAAGUUUUUCAGUGGUGAAUUGGAUGCUAAAUUUGUCAAGUUCCAGGUUGACAAUAUUGUGCUGGAUUUUUUACCACAUUCUCAGUAUUAUAAUGAGAGUAUUUUCUCUAAUCACCUCUCCAGCCUAAGGAGGUCAGCACUGGCAGAGGAGUUUAAGGAAGAGAAUCCCUCCUCAUCGGAGGCAGGUCUGCAGAUGUCUGGUAUUGAUUACAGAGAUGCGUCGAUCGACUUGAAGACUGGUAAAGUAUUAACUGAUUACGACAGUAUUUUGCGAAUUCUCGAAUUCAGAAUAAAAAACGGUUCCGAUAGCGUCUCCUUCAGCGAUGGGAGUGAAUCAACAGGCUCGAGUAAUGAAAAUAAUAUCAACAAAAAAGUUACAUGGAGUUCCUUUGACACCAUAGUAGCAUCAUUCAUCAAAAAGAUUGUGGGAUCAAAAACCCCUAUGAAAGCUGGUGACAGGGUCAUAAUCAUGUGCGAAAACUCAGUUGAGUACGUUGCAAUGAUCUUGGCGUGUAUGUAUUGUAACUUUAUCAUCAUACCAUAUGCUGUCCUUGAUGAGAAUGAUGCGGAGAACGCUACAAAAAAAUUCGCCAACGUCGUAAAAGCAUAUGGCGUUAGCAGGAUUUUCACCGACGCUAGGACAUUCAAUCUGCUCGAUAAUGGAAUCGCGAUCGCCAAAGCUAUGAAAAGAUACAAGCAUUUCUUUCCCAAGAUAUCGUCUUUCUCCAAGGUCAAGAAAAAAUCGGGCCUGUCAAUCAAGACAUUCCAAAACCUUCUAAAAGAAAAAUACGCGACGAAACCUGGCACUGACCCGACUGCAGUGCCUAGCGUAGUAUGGAUUAAUCAUGAAAAUGAUGCAAGAAGCAAUAUUCACGUCAACAUGACCCACUCAGCGCUAAUGAAGUCUUGUAAAAUUGUAAAGGAAACUUUACAGUUGUCGUCGAGCCAUCCAAUAUAUUCUCUUUCUGCGCAUACCAAUGGAAUGGGAUUUAUAAUGAGCUGUCUCUUGGGAAUAUACGUUGGUUGUACAACGAGAUUAUUUAGUUUGCCAGAUGUUAUUUCCGAUCCAAGAAGUUUCUUACUGGGCUUGCAAAAUUCGGGAGUCAAGGACCUUUAUCUCAAACCGGAUACAUUCCACAUAUUGAUAGAGAAGGCAAAUUCAUUGGUUACAAAUAAGACCACUGCUAAAGCGACGAAGAAGAGUGCAUCUACGGUUCUCAGACCGGACAUUUUUAAAAGCGUGGCAAACAUCAUGCUACCAUUCACCGGGAGACCAGAGCAUUCGAAUAUCGAGAAUUUGCUUAAGCGGAAUCCAGCACUAGAGUUAAACUUGACGCAGAUAAGCUACAUUUACCAUCAUCACUUCAACCCUUUUAUCGCUCUACGUUCAUACCUAGGCAUCCCUCCAGUGAAUCUUUAUCUGGACCCGGUUGCUCUUCGAGAAGGGACAGUGGAUAUGGUAGAACCAUCAGCUGCGGGGGCAGGAAAUUUCCUUCGAAUACAGGAUUCAGGCAUAGUUCCAGUGUGCACCGACGUCGCAAUCGUGAACCCAGAAACUCACCUUCCUUGUUAUGAGGGAGAAUUUGGUGAAAUUUGGUGCUGUUCUGAAGCGAAUGCGUUUAGUUAUUCUAUUUGCAAUGAAUCGCUUAACUCGAAGGCAUCGCGAUCAUUGACUAAAGAUCCCUUCAUUACGGAUCAGUUCAAGAGUAAGCUCAGAAGCGACAUUCACAAGGGAUUAACAUAUUUGAGAACAGGAGAUUUAGGCUUGAUGAAGAAAAUGCCAUGCAUGGACGCGCAAGGAAACACAGUGGAGCUUUGCCUUUUAUUCGUGCUGGGAAGCAUCAAUGAGACAGUUGAGAUCCUGGGAUUAACUCACUUUGUGAGUGACUUGGAAAGAACUGUUUUAGCUGCUCAUAGAGACAUAGAAAGGUGUAUUAUAGCAAAAGCCGGAGGAUUGCUUGUUUGUUUAAUUAAGUGCACUAGCAAUUCGCAAGCCCGAUUUGCUAGUUUGACGGCCCUCAUAGUCUCAGAGCUGCUUAGAAACCAUGGAGUAAUACUUGAUCUUUGCGCAUUCAUAAAAAAGGGGACUCAGUCACCUAAUGACUGGUCAAAGAAUAGGGUUACAGUAAUGAGACAAUGGUUCGAUCAGACCCUGACAAUAGAAGAACAGUUUGGUAUCAAUUUCGGUGAGAACAUCUCGAUGUACCUACUGUCCGAAUUUGAAAAGGGAACAUAG